AUGAUCUUCUAACUCCGUUACAAUACUAAAUUAUCUGAAUCUUUAAACAAUAGCAAGGAUUACUACUCAAUGCAAAAUACCAAGUGGGUUGCUCCGAGACCAAAUUAACAUCGACUUGAACACUUGCAAUUCACUCAAAGGAAUAAACCUCGUGCGAAAUAGUACCCGCAAGAAAUGCUUUUAUGUCUUGUUUCGAAGGGACUUGUUCCCAUCGAGAAAUAGAGGAUGGCAAAUCUUUAAUCUCACGAUAACUCAUGUAAUUACAAGGAUGUCACUUCUGAAAUCAAACAAGACAACCACCCUUACUAUGCUUCUAAACUCAAUCCUUCAAUGUCUGAAGUCGAACGAUUAUUACCUCCACUUUAGUUUAUAGCUGUCCGUCCUUAAAUAAGGACUCAAUCCAAAGACAAAGAUCCCAUCGAAACCUCCACCUCCAAAAGUUGUAAAUUAGUGAGUCCAAUGAUCAAUCGCAGCGAUCAGAAGAAAAAUGUGAAACGCUCAGAAUCCAAAGAUAACAAUGACAAAAUUGGCAGAACCUCCUCAACACCCUUCAUUCACAAAACCAUGCAAAAUGAAAAUUUGACCAGUCGAUCCGGAUCACCCAAUCAAAGAUCCAGUUCAAAAAAAACUAAAACCUAAAAGUUAAACAUACAACCAAAAUUGACUCAAAUAAAUGAGAGGAGGUAUACUCAGAACCACCAAGAGACUCAAGUCUAAUAAACAUAAGCCAAUUAAAAAAUGGCCGAGUCCACCGAGAAGAAAUUACAAGUCAAGAGAAAGAAAAGACAACUAUAAACAACACAAUAACAACAAAUCUUAUAACAACAAAAUUCUUAAAAGGAUAAACUUAAUCAAAAACACACCUCUUAUCGUUGCUUUAUAAACAAAAUCAAUUUCUCCAAUAAUCAAUGCAUUUAGUCUCCAUUGAAGAUGGAUGUCCCUGCUUAUUACUUUUAUGUGGGCAAGGGCAACAAUGGAAGUCUGUUAAAGAAUCUCUUCAGAUAAAGGUGGUGGUGGCAGGAAGUAGAUUCGUUGGAUUUAAAUAAAGUGAACAUGUCUUGGACUUAAUUGAAACAAAAUGCUUGUAUUGAGUGUUUGCCCACUUUUAACAUGCCUACCAAUGAUACUAAUUAUAACAACGACUCCUUUAUUCAGAGCAUUGAGGACACUGUGGUCGAAUCUAGUGAUUCUGAGUUGGAUAUCCAUGUCAAGCCUAGAUCCGUGCCUGUUCUGAGCAUCAAUUAGUAAUUGAGACAGUCUAUUCAAUCCAAGAAAAAGUUGCAAAUCUCUAAUUUGAACCAAUUAAAGAGGAUCUUUAAUCAAGUCGAUUUGCAUAAAAUUCUCAACUAUAUGGAAGAAAAUAAUUAGUGGGAUUCCCAGGUUGUAUUCAGUGAUUGCACUGAGAAACUGCUUAUGUCUAUUAAAGGAUUAUAGACCACCAUCCAGUAGGAGAGUAAGAAUUACAAGAUGCACAAUCAUAUGCAAGACAAUUGGCAUUUGGGGAAUAAGAAGGCACUCUUCUAUAAUAUGAGGAAUUACUUCAAAAUCAUAAAGGAAGAUUACACUAAGUAUAUUCCUAUCACCUUUCACAUCUAAAAGGGAAUGACUGAUGCUGAGUACUUCAAAUUUGUUGAUUACUACAAUAAAAGACAAGAGGAAAUUAAAGAACUCGAACGUAAGUUAUAAUUAGAAUAUCGAAGAGAUAAAAGACCGAAGCCUAUUAGUCUUUGGAUAGUGAAGCCAGGUGAAUGCACCAACAGAGGAAAUGGGAUUACUGUCUGUCAAGAUUUAUAAGAAAUCAACAAAAUCUUAAAUGAGGAAUAGCCUGAUGGUCGUCAAAGAACCUACAUUGUCUAAUAGUACAUCGAUAAUCCAUUCUUGUACAACAAGAGGAAAUUUGACAUCAGGUGCUACAUGCUCUUGACCUCUUAGAAUGGAAUCUUUAAAGGGUACUGGUAUUAGGAAGGUUAUAUUCGAACAUCAUCGAAGGAGUUUACAACCAAGUGUUUGAAUAAAUACAUUCACUUAACUAAUGAUGCUGUUCAAUCAAAAGAUGAGGAUUACGGAAAGUUUGAGUUUGGCAAUAAGAUCUCCUUUCUCGAAUAUUAAAGAUAUCUUGAUACUUAUCAUCCUUAGUCUAAAUUCAAUUUUUUCAUUGACAUUUACCCGAAGAUGAAAAAUGUUGCCUUGGAUCUCAUGAAGGCCUCCUACGGUAAAAUAGAUCCAUAGAGAAGAUCAAAUAGUUUUGAACUAUUUGGAUUGGAUUUUAUGAUCGAUGAUAAUUUUAAGCUUUGGCUCAUUGAAGCAAACACAAAUCCAUGUCUGGAAUUGUCCUGUCCUCUUUUGAGCAGAAUCAUCCCUGCCAUGGUUGAGAACUUAUUUCGAAUUGCAAUCGAUCCCAUUUUCCCCCCUCCCUAUUUUGAAGAGUGGCCUCAAAAUAAAAAGUUAUUCAUUCCCGAUAAUGUACUUGAAAACAAUCGAUUUGAACUUAUUUUUGACGAAUUAAUAGAGAAGAAGACUAUGAUCAAUCUGUACAGAGACAGCAAAGUAGAAUAAGAUUGUUUCAAAAUUGAGGAAGAAGAAGAGGAAGAAGAGAAAGAUUGA